CUUCACUCUGCAAUACACACGGUCAACGGACAUCUUACUGCUGAAGAGACCUCAGAUUGUUUUGGUGAUAAAAGAUGAAUCUACAUCUCCCACAGAUCUGGGUGUGAGGAAGAAUUGUAUAAGCGAUUUGAGGAAGAUGUGGGAGCCUGAAGGCAGGAAAAAACAACAGAGAGUGCAAACGAGUGACUAAUACUGGAUGGGCUGCAAAUUACCAUGCUUAUAUACUGUACGUACUUCCUAUUUUCUUCCUGGUUCGACAGGUGCAUCGGCAAAUCAUACUCCCUGUGUGUGGGUGAAGAGAAGUAAAGCUGGGAUUGCAUCUCUGUUGACACCUCCGCAGAUUCAGCGUGAAGCAGGGAGAGAGAAACACAGACAUGCAGACAGAAUGAAUAGAAAGAGGAGGACAGAGAGGCAGAGACAGUGAGAGGGAAGAGUGAAAGAGAGACAGAAGAUAUAUUUGACCAUGUGGGUGUGUGAAGUAUCAAGGCAUGCAUCAUAAUUGUGGAUUCUUCUUGGAGCAGCCGGACGUGUCACUGCAGCAGCAGGACAUUAUUGAUCUCACAAAGUGUGAUAUUUUGUAUUUUAGAACAGUGGGAGCUGUGAGCACAGAGAGCGACAUAAGAGACAUUUUCAAAGACAAAAUGGAAACUGUUUUGUUUCUGCUGCCUCAAGGAUUUCAUUAACUGGGAUUAUAAAAAAUACUUUAACUAGUUGAAGGGAUGCAGACUGGAAAAUUAUGACGCCUCUUCGCUGUCAAUAAUCAAGAAUUUAAGAAUUUAUCUGAGAUGGCCGUCAACCCUAUCAUCAUCUGCCUCUUGUCACUGAUUGGCUAUGGCUCUUCCCACCCGUCUCCUCCUCCUCGGGGAUGCAGUGUGGAUGUGGACCCUCCGUACAGAGUGCUGUGUGACCUGGAGUCAGUCUGGGGUGUGGUUCUGGAGGCCGUGGCCUGCAGCGGUGGCCUCAGCUCUCUGGUCCUCGCUGUGCUCCUGCUUGUUAAGCUGCGCUCCAUUUCUGACCAAGCCAGGCGUUCCGGCAUGGGGCCUCUUCUCCUGCUCCUGGGCACGCUCCUCGGGCUCUUCUCCAUCUCUCUGGCUUUCCUGGUGGGGAAGAACCAGGCGCUCUGUGUGGUCCGGAGGGCCUUCUGGGGGCCCCUUUUUGCCCUCUGCUUCUCUAGCUUGCUAGUGCAGGGUGUGAGGCUCAGGAGGCUGGUGGAUGGCAAGACCAGCCCAUCGGGCAGCUCCCUGGCAGCGCUCGGUCUGGCCUUGGCCUUGGUUCAGGGGAUCAUCUCUGCUGAAUGGGUCUUGCUGACUGUAGUUAGGGAGGGUCACCCGGCCUGCGAAUAUCCGCCUUUAGACUUUGCUCUGACAUGCAGCUACACCCUGGGGCUGCUCCUCAUAGCCAUGGGGCUUUCUCUGGGGGUGGUGCUGUGUGGGGGAGAGAUGGGGGCAGAGGGAGCAGGUGGGAGUGAAGAAGAUAGAGAAGGAGAGAUUGAAAAACGGAGAUGGAAGUGUAACGCCGUCUGGCUCUUCCUGUCCAGUCUGGCAUCAGCAUUGCUCUGGGUGGCCUGGCUGGGGUUUUAUCUUUAUGGCAGCCAAACGCUGAGAGGAAAGGGGAAAGGGGAAAGGUUAGGAGGAGGAGGAGGCGGAAAAAAGGAUGUAAAAGUAUUGGAUGAGCCUGCGCUGGCGGUGGCCCUGGUCAUUCAGGGCUGGAUCCUGCUGCUGUUCCACGCUAUUCCAGAGGCGCACCUGUGUCUCCGGAAACCUCCACAAUCCAUCACACAAGACUUCUUCGACACCAGUCACACGUCACCUCCUCCACAUUUUGGAGAGGAGCUUCCUGCACACUCUCCCCGACCCUUCCCAGAAAACCAGGCCUUUUCCAUGGAGGAGCACGGUGCAACCCUCCGAACUGGAACAUACCACAGCAGCCAUGGGAGCAUCCGUCCUGGCAUCGCCUUCAGAGGUCACGUUUACCAACCCACUGAGAUGGCUCUGGUCAUGAACGGUGGAACAAUGCCCACAGCCCCAAUUAACUACACUGGACGACGGUUAUGGUGAUAUGGGAUAAGACUUGAAGAGGAUACACUGGUGUAAACACUGGUGUGUGAUAGUAGAAUUUCCUGUUGCCUAAGAAGAAGAAGGAGAUAUUAAAGACAUUACAUAUCACACAGAAUGGAUUUGAUGCGAGCUAAAUAUGUUUAAUGUAUUUGUGUUUCUGCACAUAUGUAUGUAUAUAAUUUUACAUUUUUAGAACUGACCCUAGUGGUAUUUUUGCUGAAGUUUUAUGGGUUGCCUCUUUAUCAGCAGACUGGAUAUGAAAUCACAAGAGAGGGAAGAGACAGUGACGCAGCUUCCACAGCUUAGGAUAUUUUGUCACAAAGUCAGGGCACUUUCGGUGCAUUAUUUUGCUCAGUACAUAUAGUCUCAAGUAUAAUAUGUAAAUAUUCUGGCGAGGAGUAUAUGAGGAGGGAAAAAGUUAUUAUAUGAAGGUGACUAUCAAAAACUAGUGUUCAAUGUGGUAUUGAAGGGAGUACCUGAAUGAGCUGCUGUUAGACCAUGAGAAAGUAAAGAUGAAAUCAUAGUGAAGUAAACAUUUUGCCUGAGCACCUCUAAACGAAUGCUGUUACUUACUGAUGCCAUUUCAUCAGUGAUGUUCGUGUCAUAAAAACUACACUUUCCUUCUCUUUCUAUUUGCAGUCAAGCUACAACUCGCUUUAGGAUGUUUAUGUAAAUUACCUGCAUACUCCCACAAAGCUUGCUUGGCCUCUGUAUUACAUGCUGGAAAGACCCAAAGGACUCAGUAUUUUUCUCUCCAUAUCUCCAGUCCAUUAUCAGUGCUACAGGACAGUUUGGCACAUUUCAUCUUGUACACUGAUACAUUUCAUGCAUUUAACAGACCUUGUGCAGUGUUCUGGAGGAUCAUCUGACGAUUAUCAGAAAUACUUUAUUGAUCCCUGAGGGGAAAGGCUAAAGAUGAGUCUACAGCUCAUGGAUAAGUAGUUUUUAAUAAGCAUAUCAUAAAAAGCCAUUUAAUACUGCAAUACCUAUGCUGCAGUAUAUAAGGUUUACUGUUGGAGGUUGUAAUUUUGCACUUUAUCAGCGCUGAUCAUGUGUGGGCAUUGUGAUAUUUGAGAUGUAUGAUCAUUUGAGAUGCAUGUAAAAGCACAGUUUAAAGGUAAUGUAUUUUGUCAAAAUUAAUGUAUUUUGAGUGUUUUCUAGAAUUUUGAUAUACAUACUGAAGAGAAAUACCAGGUUUAGUGUUGAGUUUCAAAGAUCAUUCUCGACAUUGGAAAGAGCAGUUGACAAAACAAUCUCAAGUGCUCAGAAAAUGGAAAUUUAAACAUCUACAAUUCCAUGACAACUGGACAAACCCUAUCUGCUGAGGAAGACUGAAAGCUCUGUAACUGCUACUAAAAGGACCUUGAGGUUGGACUGAUUUGUCAACAAUUUUCAGUCAGUCUUUUCACUCAUGUUUCCCAAGGUUACUUUGGAUUCAAGAAGGCUAUUGAUCAUUAUAUACACUUUGUUUGAGAUGUAUGGCAACAUCUCAUUGUAUUCUGGCAUUCAGGAUCCCUUUAAAUUUCAAAUUCCAUUGAAUGUAGAGAAAGUAUUCAGUCAUCCAUCACUGUGAAUUUAACAGGAACAGAUUCAAAUGCAUGUAUACUGUUUAUAUUGGUGACACUGCACAGUUUGGCUCCAAGUCUGGACAGAUUUCUUGUUGGCUGUUCCACCAUGCACUGACAAUUGAACUCUGAGGCAAAAAGACACAUACAAAUCCAUUCAUAUUUGACUGGUGGGUUGCAGUUUCCAUCUCCUGUGCAACACUGAAUUAAAUCCAGGACAAUUUAACCAGUUAAAUAUAAUUCAUACAACAGUCACCAUGUUCAUGUUGUGAUCAUCUCUUCUUGCUAUAAGACUAAACUAAAUAACUAAGUUGUCAACAACUUUGCUUUUGUGUACAGGUGUGUGCUCUGAUAUUGUACAGUAAAAAUAUUAUCAUCACAGGAUUUUUAUGUAUUAACCCUAUAUAAUCAUGUAAAUAAUCCAAAUGUGAAAAAGCAAUGGUAUUUAUCUUUUGAGAUGCUCUUAUAAUGAUAGCACUGUCACUGUUUUAUGGCAGCGUAACAUGAAUGUCUGUAACGUGAUUUGCACAAAGUGGCUAAUACAUCAGUGCACAUUUUCUGUUA